AUGUUUCGUGUAUCCAUAUGUGGAGUAGACUGCACUCUAUAUUCUGAAUGGAAAUCUCCAAACAAGAUAACCUCUCGUUCUGGCACUGGUGCUGGACGUGGGGACAUCAUCAUUACUACCCUAUCUGGUGGAAAAGGGACUUCAACAGUCAAGUUCUGGGGCUAUCAUGAAACAGUUGGACCUCUUCAUGAGUCUGCUGUCUGGGUUGAAGAACGGGGGACUAUGUAUGACAAGCGGAAAGUGGCAUAUCAUGUCCUCACUACUGGCCUAGAAGAAGAUCCACUAGGAUUGUCUGAUGAAGCCAAUGAUAAGAGAUUCCCAGAGGAGGAGCUGUUGGACCUAUUUCCUGAAGGAAGUGGAAGGUUGACAGCUGAUAACUUCAUUCCUGCCUGGUGGCUCCUUGAAAACCAUAGACAAACAACAUUUGAUGACCUGAAAAGUGGCCUGAAUUAUCUGAAUCGCCAAGUUGAAGGUCACAAGGAGUCUGAAAUUUCAUUUCUCAAAACUAAUAUGGCAUCCAUGGUGGAUCAAUUGGAUACCCUCAUGGCCCUCAAGGGAGAUUUUGACAAGCAUGAACAAGAGAUUCAGCAUGAUCCAUUGGCAAGAUCAGAGGAAUUGGUCAAAGCUGCUUGUGGAAAUGCAGAUAACCUUUUCAAGGAACUCCUUGAACGCAAAGACAAGGCUGAUGAGACUCGGAAUACACUUGUGCUUUUGAACAGAUUCAAAUUUCUUUUUGCCCUACCCAAGAGCAUUGAUGAGAACCUGGCCUUGGGUAAUUUUCAUCAGAUUGUUAGUGAUUAUGGAAGAGCAAAGCUUCUCUAUGGGAGUCAUGAGACUGAGAUGGUGAAAAGUCUCAUGAGGGAAGUUGAAGAGCGAGUGAGAGACUUAGAUGAGGCAUUUCGUGAAGUUCUCAAAGAGGACAAUGGCCUUCCUUUGGUAGAGCAGAAGAAACUUAUCAGACACUUAACAGCAUUGGGCAUUUCUGAAGAUCCUGCAUGGCAAGUCCUUGAGCAUAAAUAUCAGGCUAUGAAGGAGACCUUAGGCCAAAUGGAGAAUUCUCUUCAUCAAACUUCAUGCCAUCCUUCCUCAAUCCAGGAAGGAGAGGUUCCUCCUGAAGUUGAGGUCAUUGAGAGGGCUGCUGGCAUUAUGACUGGGAGUUUCAGGAACUUCUGGCAACUGGGGAACCUCUACACAUCUGGAGACUUGCACAAGAGUCAGUCUCCUGCCAACAAGGAUACUUUUAUGAAAAUGGUGCGAAAUCUGGUGACAAUAUAUUGCCGCAUCUGUCAGCAAGCGUUGAUGGCCCCAUUGAUGGAUGAUAAGUCUUCUCCAAGCUCCAAUUUGGAAGCAGGAGAACACCUGAUUGAUUUUCUCCCUAGAUGCCUGUUGAAAAUCAGAAGUUGCUAUGUUUCAUUGGCCAAAAUGCAUAUUGUACCUUCCCUCCUUGACAAUGUUGAAAUGCUGAUCACACAGCUGAGGAUCUACACACUUCAGGAAUUACUGAAGAAAGCUAUCAGGGACUGUGGUAAUCUCGAGGCCUUAGAGACAUCAGAAGCUGAAUUAGUUGGAGACCGGCAUGUCACAGGAUCUCGACUGCCACAUGUCUUUGAAGAAAAUGUGAAAUCUGUAGUAGAACUUAUACAGGAGAAAGUACUCAGAGGUGAACAAGGUACUGCUGUCCUACAGAACCCUGAAGUACAGACAAAUUUGAAGCACUUGGUGAAGGCACUCCUGAAGACCUUUGUGGAGUUCCUGAAAAGGUUGUCUGACCCACUGAUCAAGAGAGAAAGGAAGGAUAGCAAGAAGGACUUUUCAUCAGCUCAGGUCCUCACAACAUUGGGCAACUGUCGAGAGUAUUCUCAGUCCACAUUGCCACGUUUGGCUGAUGUCUUCUCCUCUGCUGGCUUUCGGAAACUUGAUGAAGUAUUUGAGGAGGUGAAUAGAUUGACCCAAAAGCGUGCAGAAAAGAUUAUUGCUGCAUAUAUUGAAUGGGUGUCAGGGCCAUUAAUUGGAUGCAUUGAACCAUCUAUGUAUCGUGGAGGUUUUCGUUGGGACAAAUGUCAUCAGCCAUAUACUGUCAGCAGCUACAUCCCUGAAACUCUCUUGACCAUCCUUAGUAUUUAUGCUGAAGUGAUGGAUCACUCACCAAAGCACAGCCUACAAGUGGUGCAAGAAAUCAGUGCUGCAGCAUGUGAAGAGAUAGCACGGCUGUAUUCUUGUGUGAAGAAGUUCUCUCCUGAAGGAGCUGCACAAGCCUGGAUAGAUCUCCAGGCAUUCCAGAGAAUUAUUUCAUCUUUCCUCAAUGAGAAUGCCCAAUCACUAUUACCUGUGGUGACCAAGUUUCUAGAACAAAUGAAGAUUCAAAGUGAAUGUUUUGUGAAUGCAUAGAAGUGAACUGUGAUAUAUGCACCAGGGAGUUGAUGAUGAUCCUCCCUUCAGAUCCUACUUCCAUGAAGAUUUGUCAGAUCCUGAGAUAGUAUAUUGAUUUUUGUGAAGCCCUCAAUCCUAC